UAUUAAGCCUAUUUCUUUUAACAAUUUUAGGGUUUGGGCAUCGUUUCCUUUCGAGUUACAGCAGACAAAUAAAACCCUCUCAAACCGCUGCUCUUCUCUACUACGUUCUACACUCCUUCUCCAUCUGAACAUUUCCUCCGCUACCAUGGCCCCGAAAAGAGGUGUGAAGGCCCCGGCAUUGGCGAAGAAGAAAACGGAAAAGGUUUUGAAUCCUUUGUUUGAAAAGCGGCCAAAGCAGUUUGGAAUUGGUGGGGCUCUGCCACCUAAGAAGGACUUGACCAGGUUUGUCAAGUGGCCUCAUGUUGUUCGCAUUCAGAGGCAAAGGAGAAUUUUGAAGCAGCGUUUGAAGGUUCCUCCUGCUGUUAACCAGUUCACUAAGACGCUCGACAAGAACCUUGCUACCCAACUCUUCAAGCUGUUGCUCAAGUACAGACCUGAAGACAAGGCAGCUAAGAAGGAAAGGCUUCUUCACAGAGCACAAGCUGAAGCUGAGGGGAAAACUGUGGAAUCAAAGAAGCCUAUAGUUGUUAAAUACGGGCUUAACCAUGUUACCUACCUCAUCGAGCAGAACAAGGCUCAGUUAGUAAUUAUUGCUCAUGAUGUGGAUCCAAUUGAGCUUGUUGUUUGGUUGCCUGCCUUGUGCCGCAAAAUGGAGGUGCCAUAUGCAAUUGUCAAGGGCAAGUCUCGGCUAGGAGCGAUUGUCCACCAAAAGACUGCUGCCGCAUUGUGCCUUACAUCAGUAAAGAAUGAAGAUAAAAUGGAAUUUAGCAAGAUUUUGGAGGCAGUAAAGGCCAACUUCAAUGACAAAUUCGAUGAGCACCGCAAGAGGUGGGGCGGUGGCAUCAUGGGAUCCAAAUCUCAAGCCAAGACUAAAGCUAAGGAACGAGUCUUAGCAAAAGAAGCUGCACAAAGAAUGAAUUGAUUUGAUCUUCUAGUGUAGUGUAGCUUAUAUCCUGAGAGUAACUUCUGAAGACAAUGAAUUUUGCAUUAUAUUUCAAUUGCAUGGUUUUGUUUCCAAUGGACAAGUUCUUCAUCCAUCUUGUAGCUCAGAUAUUUUUCCUACCAUUUGUUUUGAUUAUUUUUCUAAAAUCUUAUAUGCUA